AUGCAUGUGUUUCAAGUGUGUGAUACAUUUAAAAGUGUGGAUGCCCUUGAGGCUUUGUAUUGUACUUUUGUAGCUGUACGCCAAGAGGAUGAAAGUGUCAAGAAACCCGGAGGGGAAGACACAGCCAGCGGUACUGGCAGAGAUGCUGUGGUGCAAGUUACUACCAAGGGUGUUGUGGUAGUCGGGUGGUGGCAGCACAUGAGGUGUGGCACCUUCGCAAACGCCGUAGUAGUGACGGUGGUGGUAGUGGAAGCCUCCACUACUUGUGUUGUGACUGGAGCAGUCAGAUGCAUUAGUAAAAACUGCAGCACUGGAGUUCCCACUAGACCCAGAGAACACCAUACCAUCAAGAGUGAAAAGUCAACUGCCAAGAAGAGAAUCAGAACGACGGAAUCAUCAUCUGUAUCCGGGCACUGUGACAUUCUUACAGCCAUUGAAACCCGACUUUCUUUACUCAAUAUGACUUUUAUGAAGUAUGUUGAUUGCCAGAUGUGCUGCUUUAUACCGGGAAAGGUCAUUGAUGAGAUAUAUCGGGUUCUGAGAGUAGUUCAGAAUAAUAAAACAUUACCAAGAUCCCAUGAAAUCCUAACAGAAUUAAGGGACAUAUCCAGCAUGGCAAUGGAGCACUUUGAAGAGAAAAUCAUUAAGACUCUCAAACCUGCAUCCAUACCAUCCCCGUCCAGAAGUUUUACACUGACGUCAACAAUGCCUUUAUCAUCGCUCACUUCUGAAUUGACUUCAUUUGCUGGAAACUCUCCAUCAAGUUCAUCUGGAAAUUCGCUGAGCAAACCACAUCUUACACCACAGUAUCUUAUGGCCUCAAACAAGAGUGUUGUUAGUGGUCUAAAGAAAGACAUCUCCGAUUUAAAGUCAAAGAUUCAUGAUUUACGGCGGAAAGUAAGUGAACAGGAACGUGUUGCCUUGGAACAGAACCGCAUCUUGUCAGAACAAACAACCAAGUUAAUCAGUCAAGAGGCAAAGCAAAAUGAGCUUAAUCGGAAGCUUCUCGAAUAUGAACAGAGAUUUACAGAGCUAUUUGCGGAAAUAGCUCGUUUGAAGGAGGAUUCUGGCAGUGGAGCUAGUAGUGGUUUGAAUUGGCAAGCAAACAACAAGAAUAACAAGUUUUAUGUAUCACACACAGUUACCAGCACUCCAGCCUUGGGUUCACUUUUUGUUGCAGGAAGUGUGAUGCAGCCAAAUUUGGUUCCACUGAAUCUUGCAGCUGCGCAGAUGUCACCAUCACCAUAUUUAGCAUCAUCACAGUUGGGUGCUUACUCUUCAAGUGGCCUAGCAUUUACAAUGGAUCCUGGUACUCAUGUGUCAUCCUCUUCAGCUGUCUACUCUACCUCUUCUCUAACUUCAAGUGGAUCUCAAGCAGACUCUACUCAUGCAACAUACAGUGAGAAUUCGCCAUCAACAUCAGGACAAAAUGCAGGGGAUAGAGCGGACAAAGAGGAAGACAAUACAGAAAUGAGGCCACCAAAGUCUCCUGUAAAAAAACGUAGCAAGAGGAAGCCAAGAGAAAAUUCAGACAUGCGUUUUAAUGUGUUCAAGAAGAGAAGAAUGGAUGAAAAAUAGCUUUCCUUCAUAAUUUAUUAUUGAAAUGAAGUAUGUUGCGUGUUUAUUAUAUAAAUAAAAAAUAUGUUACUGACAUAUAUUUUAGAGUUAUUAUUACAAGUAUUCUGUAUGAUAUAUAACCAUACAUUUAUGACAUUGAACACUUUUCCAGUUUUUAGGAAUUGAUAUAUGCCUUCUAUACAGCUCAUUACAGUAGAAAAUGUAAAAAAAUUAACAUUUUAUCAAUAAGAAUAAAACAUAUUUUUACUGGCAGUAACAGUAGAUCAGUUAGACAUACUGUUCAUAUGAGGGUAUUUUUGUAACCUGUAUAUUGUAUUGAUUGUACCUGUUAUAAUACUAACAUAGCUAUACAGGUGAGACUUUUGUAAAAAGUUGUACCUUAAUGUAAAGAUUGUAAUUGUUUAGAAUACAGUAGUUAAGUUUAGAUUCAGAAUGAAUCAUUAUUGUAUUUGUAAACUAUUGUGAAUAUGAAAAUAUUUAUAUUCAUUUAUUUGUUACGAUUGUAAAUGUUGUGGUAUGAAUGUGAUGCAAGUAUCUUGUCAGCAGAGGCACAAGUGUAUGGCUGGGAUUAAAAUAAUAUCCCUUAACACAUUGGAAAAAAUGUACAUACUUUGUUUUAUACUUUAAGUUGGUAGCUCAGGAUUGAUCCCUGAGAACCAGCCCGAGAAGAGUCUACUUAAGACUCAGA